AUGUCUCUCCGUACACUGACAAGAGCGCCGCUGAGCUGCGUCUCGCGGACCCGUCCUACCUGCACCAUGCCAUUGCGUGCAAACAUCACAAAUCCCGCCUGGAUGAGCGGGUCAAGACUGUAUGCCACGCCAACGGCAGACCUCCUGAAGGCGGAAAAGGACGACGACCCCGACGAUGUCAUUUUCACCAACAACUACGGCGUGCGCAGCAUCGAACUCAACCGGCCUAAGAAGCUCAACUCGCUCAAUGGCUCCAUGGUGCGCAAAAUCGUCCCGAGGCUGCAAGAGUGGGAAAAGUCGGAACUGGCGGGCGUCGUUGUCAUCAAAGGCAGCGGUCGCGCAUUCUGUGCCGGCGGCGAUGUCGCGGCAUUGGCAGCCUGGAACCGGGAGGGACCAAAGGGACAACAGAGGAGCGCAGACUACUUCGGCCUGGAAUACAAGUUGGAUCACCUGAUUGCUACCUACACCAAGCCCUAUGUUGCCUUCAUGGAUGGCAUCACCAUGGGUGGGGGCGUCGGACUGUCGAUGCACGCGCCUUUCCGCAUCGCGACCGAAAACACCCUCUUCGCCAUGCCUGAGACCACCAUUGGUUUCUUCCCCGACGUCGGUGCCUCCUUCUUCCUGCCACGCCUGGAAGGCGCGCUCGGUACCUACCUAGCACUCACAUCGGAGCAGCUCAAGGGCGUGGAUACCUUCCACCACGGCGUCGCAACCCACUACAUCCACUCCUCCACUCUGCAGCAGCUCGAGGCACGUCUCGCCGAACUCCAGUUCCCCGAUUAUAUGAGGCUCAACGAGCGCUUCAGAAUCAUCAACGCUACCAUUGAGGAGUUCAGCACUGGCCUGCCUGCGGAGCGACCGCAUAUCUCUGGUGAACUGCGCAGGACAAUCGACAGUGUUUUCCAUGUUGACCAGCCGGGCAUCACAGACAUCAUGGCAUCUCUUGAGAGAGUCAAGAAAACGCAUGCAAACUCCGAAAUUCAGGCGUGGGCUGACAAGACCAUUCAAACCAUCAACAGCCGCUCUCCCAUCUCUGUUGCUGUAGCUCACAAGCAGAUGCAGAUUGGCCGUCAAUGGUCGAUCGCGCAAGCAUUCCAGAGAGAGUACUCCAUUGCUUCCAAAUUCAUGGCUCACCCCGAUUUCGUCGAAGGUGUGACGGCACGCCUUGUCGAGCGCAAGAAGGAGCGACCUAAUUGGAAGCCUAACACCCUUGAUGAGGUCAACAAGAGUCAGGUCGAUGCGUUCUUUCAAUUUGGCAGGGAGCCGCCACUUCCGCUUAUUAGUCAAGCAGACUACACGGAAUACCCACACGCAUGGAUCGGGCUACCACGAGAGGAUGAGAUUCUCAGGGAAGCAGCAGGCAAAAAGACCGAAGACGUUGUCGCCAAGUUGCUAGAAAAGUAUGAGGGCAAGCAAGGUGUCAGGGAGAAGAUUGCCGAGGUUCUUGACAGAUUUCAAAAGUAG